AUGAACGUCAAAGCUAGUCAGCCCCCUACUUCGUACACUUCUAUCAAUCAUGACAACAUAUCAUUCUCUCAUGUUCCAGCCAACUCACCAACGGCAACGAAGCUGGUCGUGGUGACGCUCAACCGUCCCGAGAAGUACAACGCUAUGACACUGGACAUGUUUCUCACCCUCGAGUCCUUCUUCAACACGGUCAGCGAGGAUGACAGAGUACGUGCGGUAGUCCUGACAGGCGAAGGGUUCAUGGGUAUGGUCGCUUUGAAAGAGACUGAGGACUCCAUGAAUGAGUUUAGAGACUGGGGCGGCCGACUUGCACUUGCCAUCUCAAACUGCAAGAAGCCCACGAUCGUGGCUUUCAAUGGAUCGGCCGUGGGUGUAGGCCUCACCAUGUCUCUUCCUGCCGCCAUCCGGGUUGCUUGGGAGGGUGCCAAAGUCGGCUUUCCUUUUGCUCGUCGUGGCUUGGUCCUCGAGUCGUGCAGCGCCUUCUUCCUCCCCCGACUCAUCGGACUAUCCAAGGCGAGCCACGUCACGACCACUGGAGAUGUGUACCCCGUCGCCGAUCCACUCGUCAACGGGCUGUUCUCCAAGCUUCUGCCCACACCUCAAGACACAGUCGAGUACGCACUCAGGCUAGCGGAGGACAUCGCGGAGAACACGUCCCUGGUUAGCACAAAGAUGAUGCAUGACAUGAUGGUGUACUGUCCUCCAACACCCGAGGAGGCACAUAUCUUGGACUCCAGAAUAUUUGUCCAGAUGGCUGGGACGAACGACAACAUUGAGGGCGUGAAGAGCUUCUUGGAGAAGAGGAAGCCCAAGUUUACGGACACGGUCAGUCGCGAGAGUAUGCCAUUCUGGCCUUGGUGGAAUCCGAGGACGGAUGAUCGUCAGAUUGUGAAAUUCGAGAAUGCUGCUAAGUUGUGA